AUGAACAACCCUGGCGGGCAGUCGCAGCAGGGCCAAGCUGGCCAAGCUGGCCAGGCCGGCCAGCCUCCGCCACGACCUCCCCCUAUGUACCAGCCAGCGCAAAUUAGAAACUUGCCGCUUCUUAGCGAGGAUGAAAAACUCAAAUAUGAGCAUGGAGUUACAGGACUCUGGAACCGCAUGAACAACUCUGCACCCAACAGCCCGGAGCACGUGGCGGCGCGUAAUAAAAUUAUAGAGUUCUCACGCAUGCUCAUCACCAAGAUCCAGGGCCGACGGGCACAGGCACAACAGCAACAUGGUCAGCAGGCCGGCGCCCAACGCCCUCAAGGCCAGGCCGCUCAGCAGCAACAGGCUACGACGCAGCAGAAGCCCGCCCAACAGCCAACUGCUGCCGCGGGCAAGCCCGCUGGGAACGCAACUGGAGGAGCUGCUGCAUCUGCCUUGGCCACGGCUGCCGACAGGGCCUCCGUAACGGCGCUCACGCAACCCAAGGUUCCGGACCGUCUGAUGGCUCAUGUUAACAAGUUGACUUUUAAGGCGCCCCAGCAUCUUACCGAGAAGUCACCGGCGGAAGCCGCGAAAUGGAUCGAAGACCUGAAAGUUCGAUAUGGACGAGCUCUCAUGACAAUGGAGGCCGCUAAGAACAAGAUUGCCAACAUGGAUAAGGUCUUUCACGAGCGCGCCCAAGCUGGCAACCCCUUGAAGGACGAGGAGCUUCGUCAAUACCGCGAACACAAAGACAAGCAACAGGAGCUACAUAACAAUGGCCAGAAAUGGAUCGAGACUGUCAGGAAGCAACAAGAAAGCGUCUCGGGUCCCGGCCAAGGCCAAAACGCAAGCGCGACGCAGAACAAGACCAACGGCUCCGGAACACCCACACAGCAAAACCAAAAUGCCGCGGCAUCUGUCAAUGCCAGUGUCGAAGCUACCAAGAACCAGCAGCAGAUGGCUGGCCAGCAGCAACAACCAGCGACAAACACCCCGACACCACAGCAACAGCAAGCUCGCCUGGCACAGAAUGCGGCAGCCCAAGGUGGUGCAGCAAUCAAACAAGAGCCCCAGCACCCAGCUCCCGUUAACACAGCCCUCGCCAACGCGCAGGCACAAACACCAGCUCAGGGUGCCGCACGCGUGGGCACACCGCAGAGUGCGACCGCGCAGGCGCCAGGCGGACCUACCAGGGCUCUGAGCCACUCUGCUGCCAUGUCGCUCGCAAACCAACGCGCGGCCGCGCAGCCUGCAAACGCGGCCCUGGCAAACCAAAAUCAGCAACAGCAGCAAGUCGCUCAACAACAACAAGCGCAGCAAGCGCAGCAAGCGCAGCAACAGCAGCAUCAGCAGCAGCAGCAGCAGGGAGCCGGCACACCGACUGGUGGCACCCCCGGCAGCGUGAACAACGCUGGCGUCAACACGGCUGUGCAACCUCAGCCUCAGCAGCAGGGCCACCCGCACGCACACCCGACGCAGCAGCCACCUGCCUCUCUCCAGUCCAAGAUGCCGAUCCAGAAACAUCUACCCGAGCGCGCCACGGCGGUCCCCCAGGGAGUGACCCUCGGCGGCGGCGUCGCUGCGGGCCGGCCGACGCUCUCCCAGGGCGGCGGCACGCUGGGCGGCGUUAUGAACCAGCCCGCCAUGGCCAAGGUGCCCGCCUACAGCCACGAUGCCGAGGGCGACCACGUCCUUAGCAAGAAGAAACUCGACGAGCUGGUGCGACAAGUCUGCGGCGCGCCGUCCGAGGGCUCUGACGGCAAUCUUCUCACGCCCGAGGUGGAAGAGAGCGUCUUGAACAUGGCAGACAGCUUCGUCGACAAUGUCCUGCACGCAGCCUGCCGCAACUCUAAGGAGCGCGGCUCCAAGGUCCUCGAGAUUCGUGACAUCCAGCUCGUCCUCGAGCGCACCUACAACAUUCGCGUGCCCGGCUACUCGUCGGACGAGCUGCGUACCGUGCGCAAGGUGCAGCCCUCGGCCGGCUGGAUCGCCAAGAUGAGCGCCGUCCAGGCCGCCAAGGUCAUGCCCGGCAAGGGAGAGUAG